AUGGAUGAAGACUUAAAUAAAGAAGUAGCUGCGUACUCUUUACAGAAUUCCUCAGGAGCUUUGCUUUCUAUUCAGCGAUUAGAUUUUAAAACAAGUUUUCUGGAGGUAGUUGAAGAAUUGCGUAUGAGAAGAGAGGCAGAAAUUAAUUAUGAGAAGCAAAUGAGUACGUUUGUUAUUGAAAAACAGGAACUUGAGUGGCAAAAGGAAGCGCUUCAAUAUCAGAUAGAAACAUUAAACAAGCAGCAUACAGAAGCCUUGACAGCAUUUAAAAAACAGUUUCAAGCAAGAAUAUUUGCUGUUGAAGAAGAAAAGGGGAGUUAUCUACUUGCUGAAGAAGCAAAAGCAAGAGAAAUUGAAGGACUGAAGGAAACAUUAAAAAUGUUACAGAUCUCAAAAUAUACCUUACAAAACAAGCUUAAUGAAGUGGAACAAACAUUACAGAUGCACAUGGUAGCAAAAGAAGAUCAUCAGAGGAGUCUGAAUGAAGUAGAGAAAUGCUAUGCAGUUAUUACAGGUCAAUUUGGAACAAUAAAAAGAGCACAUAAGAGAUUAGAGGAGAAUGUUGUAGAAGCAAUUCAGCUCAAUAAGAAAUUGACAGCAGUGAAUAAAAGACAAGAAUCUGAAACAGAUAACUUAAAAGAGGAACUUAAGAAAGUCACUGCAGACUUGAUAAGGUGCAAUGUCACUUGCCAGCACAGAGCAGCAGAAGAAAAUCUCAGUCUUACAUCAAAGGAACAGGAGUUUCAAAAGCUACAGCAAAAAAUAUCAAUGGAGACUGAAUUAAAGACAAAAAUCACUGAAGAAAAUGAAUACCUUAAAAAAGAGAAGCAGGAGAUGAUUACUUCUCUACAACAUAUGCAGCAACUGCUCUGUAGACAGACUGAAAUACAUCUCAGAAUGGAAAUGGAGUUGAAUGAACUGAAAGGAAAAUAUCAGACUCUUGAAAGAGAUAAUGAGCUGCAAAGGCAGAAGGCAAAAGAAAAUGAAGAAAAGUUCCUUAAUCUUCAGCAUGAAUAUGAGAAAGCUCAAGCAACUUGGAAAAAUGCAGCUGCAGAAAUGUCUACUGAAAAUGAAAUACACACCAGCCAAAAAGAAAAUAAAUAUGCCCAAACAACAUCAGAAGUUUCUAAUAAUCUUGAAUUAGAAAAAAUGAGAGUAAAAAAUACUGCGAUUCGCUGUUUGGAUUAUGAUGAAAUGCACACAGAACAAAAUUACGCAGAUAUAAAUGCAGGGGAAAUUAAUUUAAUUAACACUGAAGAUUUAGAUCGCUUUGAAAAUUGUGUGAAUGAAGAUGAUAUGGCUUGUCUUUGCAAACAAAACCAAAGGAAGGCUUCUGAAAGCGAGACCCUCUCCACACUCAAUUUCAUUACUCCACGGCUGACCUCUGGGUCAUUUGUUGCUGAGCGUGAAAAAGCAGCUGCUAACAAAACGGAAGACAAUUUUUUAUUUGAUGAAAUAUAUGCAAGAGUAGAAAUUCAGCCCCCAGAGAGUUGUCACCCCAUGAUACCAGUCAAAGAGCGCAAGACGUUCCCAGAAACACUCAUUUCCAAGACAAAUGAAAAUAUUAACAAUGCUCUUUAUGAAGGUUCCUUCAUGAGCCAGCCACUUACUAAAGAGUCCAAAGUACAGGACAACUCUGCUAGUGAGAAAACUACAAAUAACCACUCUAAGACCAAAACUAAUUCUGUCAUCCUGUCACAAACAGUAGAGCAUAAUAGCCUUAACUUCUACAAUGAUGGCUUAAAACAAUCUAGUGACAUUAGUACUAGUGAUAUUAAUAAAGCAGAAAAAAUGUCACCAAUUCACAGCACUGAUUGCCUAACCUCUAAUAUCUAUUUAUGUAAUCAGAUUAAUACUUACCCUGAAAAAAUACAUAUUGAUGAUCCAUGCAAAAAUAGUAACAGCUGUGAACUAAGCACAACUUGCAACACAACAGAAAAAAAUCCACAUUUGCAUGCUUCUUUCUGUAACAGUGUUGAUUUGAAUAUUCAUGUUACCAAUGAUGAGAAUACCAAUAAUAUACAUCUGGAAGGGAAUUUAAAUGUAAAUACUGAAAAACUAUCGAAAGAUAUCAAUAUAAAUGAAAUGCCAAGCAAAGAAUUAGAAGAUGAUAAUUCAAGACUGCCAGCAAUGAGUACAAACAGACCUAAGCAUACAAAUGAAGUUUUGCCUCUCAGCACUGAAAAUGUAUUUGAAUGUCAGGCUGUAGAACUGAAAAUGGACCAAAUUACCACAAAUAAACAAAAAGAAUACCAUGCUUCCAAAACUACUUGUGAACAAUUUCUUGUAGUUUGUGAUAAAGAAACUACUCUGUUAAAAGACAAUGAAGAAUCAUUAUGCAGUACAGUUACAGGAGAAAUGACUGAGGAAAAAAACAUAGAGGAAUUAUGUUCUUUAUCUAUAAAGACAUCUGGGUAUUUGUUAAAUGGAAAUGGAAAGUCAUCCUUUGAUCUGCCAAGUGAGGAUAAAACUGUAAAAAUUCCAACAUGCUUAGAUUUACCAAAAGGAUGUCAAGGUGAAAGUCAGUGUGCGUCUGUUUCAACUUCCAAAGCGCCUUUCCUUUUGAAAGAGCAACUAUGUACUCAAGAAAUAAAAAAUAAUCAUUCACAAAAAAUUGGUAAGAAUAUGAACAUGAAUGGUCCUGAAAAAGAAACAGCAGCUCCUAUCAGCAUUAAUAGACUUGCUGACACUCUGAAUACGGGAAGUAUCAAUCCAGGCCCCAAGAGAAAUCCCACUGACGAAUGGAAUGCAAUAGCAAAGACUUUUUAUGAACCUUAUUUUCCCACAGAACACGUCAAAACACAGUGUUCUUCACGACUGCAACAGAAGUCUUCUCAACUUGCCUUUGAAGGAAGUACUCUUGUGUUAAAUGAGAGCUCACACAACAGUGAAGAAAAAGAAUGGACUUCCCAAAAUGCUUUCAUAAAAAGAAAACUCAACAACAUUGAAAAUUUUCUGUAUUUAGAGAAGUUCUGUCAGCCAAGAAAGAGAAAGUAUAAGGACAACCCAGAAAAGGCAAUGAUGACCAAUAAAGCAGAAAUGUAA